AUGGCAUUCCUGUCCAUGCCUCCUGAGAUCAUUACUCGAAUUGUUUUCUACGUCCCCUCAAUCCGCGAUCUGGCCGCCCUAUCGCAGUCAUGCCGUGCACUACACUCCCUAUGCGACAUGAAAACGCGCGAGCGGUUUUACCGGAUACGUGUCUAUCCCAAUGACACCAGCAUUAACGAGACCUUUGGUUUGCUGAUGGAGAUCCUCAGGCAGCGCAGUCUAGGCCAUUAUGUGCGCGAAAUUGAGCAAUACUGGAGGCCCAGCAGCGAGAUCUCCUAUGUAGGGAAGGAAGAGCAGCGCGACCUCAGCGCGGGCGAAAUGAAUCUCAUCCGCGCGGCUGUGCAGAGGGCGGGCUUUGUCGGUCCCCAAGAAAGCGCUAUGAUCAACAUGCUCAUGCAAAACACCACGCAGGGUGCAAAUAGCAUCAAGAGCUAUUAUCGAGAUGGAAGCAGCCCCCGUCGGGUCCUGGGAACCUUCAUCUCGCAAGCAUUGGCGGCAAUUCUUAUCUCGGUGUCGCCUGGUCUGGAGGCUUUAGCGAUGACACAGCCCUUCCAAUCGUAUUACCGAUUCUACCUGGACGCCGAGAAAUGGCCUCGAGAUUCGCAUGUCGACUAUCCCCUCGAUCGGCUUCUGCGUCGGGCCAAUGCGGACCCGGCCAACACCCCAUAUCUCCAGAAUCUUCGCAAGGUGUAUAUGAUAGUCGACGAAGCGAGCCUAGUUGAUGACGAGCGCUUCUACAUCCACAUCGACUUCAUUGACUGCAUGACACUCUUCGACCACCUCCCGUCUAUAGAAUCGAUGGGCACGGAUGCACUCGGAGAAGACGAAAAUGACAUCUCGCGCCUAGUGCCGAGAUCAUCCAAUAUCAGCAAAAUCCAUCUUAACCACUGCGCCCUUGGGACGCCCUACCUUGCCUGUAUUAUCCAAUCCAGCAAGGCUUUGCGAGAAUUCCAGUAUACCAUCGGCGGCCGAGGCGUCUUGGAUGGAUCGUACUCCUUGUUCAAUGUCAAAACAUUCAUCAAAUCAAUAUGCCCCCACAAAGACACACUAGAAGUUCUAGAUGUCGACGCCGAGUCAUGUAUGUACUACUUAGGCGCCUCUUAUGAACAGGAGGGUCUUAUCGACCAGGAAAUCGACGGAAGGGCAACGGACCUCUACAGGGACGAAGAGGAUGAGAAGCAACAGUUCAUCCGGUCCUUUUGGGGAAAUAGUGGCUCGCUGAAAGAUUUUCGCGCUUUGAAACGAUUGAGCCUAGGAAUCGGGUUCCUGCUGUAUUUUGCGAAGGGGUUUGGCGAGACGGACGAGAAAAGGGAACCACUCAUGCUACGGGAUGGUCUACCUAAGAGUCUGGAAUACCUUUGCAUUCGGGGAUAUGAGAGGGGGCACUGUGAGAAGUGGGAUGCGCAGAUUGAUGCCUUGAUGGCAUUUUACAAGUCAGGCUUGUCGAAUAUCAAGGAGAUCAAGGGGGUUGAGGAAACGAUCCCCAAUGCCAGAAAUGUGGAACGGCCUGACGAUGAGGAAGACUCAUUGUGGACCCUAGAACACGCCGGAUAG